UUUAAUCGGGUUCUGUCUGUCAUUUCUAAAAUUCUGAAGGUGGACGCUUUUUGCAAUGCAAAUCGUGUGAAAAUUGUGAUUUUCAUUAAAAGAUUAAAGAUUUUUCUACCUGUUCUAAGUUGAAUUUAUAUGGGUCUGUACGUGGGCAGUUAGAAACAUUAUUGAUAACGUCAAACAUACAAUGAUUUUGACCAUUCAUGCAGCUAACGUGUAUAGUAUAGUAAAUUUUACAAGAAUAAAGUGACAAUUUGUUGUAAAACGAAGGUAAUUCAAUGAAUAAUAUGAGUGCACAGCAGAGCCCGGCGAACAUGCAAGCCGUCGUGGAUAGGGAAAAGAUAUACACGUGGAUUUUGGAGCUAUGCAAUCCAGAGACUCGGGAAAACGCGCUUCUGGAGUUAAGCAAAAAACGAGAGGUGGUACCGGAUCUGGCGCCCAUGCUUUGGCAUAGUUUCGGCACCAUUGCCGCUCUGCUACAAGAGAUCACCAACAUCUACGUGGCUAUGAUACCGCCAACCUUAACAGCACACCAGAGCAACCGUGUUUGUAACGCGUUGGCCUUAAUGCAGUGCGUCGCUUCGCACCCCGAGACUAGAUCUGCAUUCCUUCAAGCCCAUGUCCCGUUGUUCCUAUAUCCUUUCCUUCACACUGUCUCAAAAACCCGUCCUUUUGAGUACUUGAGACUGACCAGCCUUGGUGUUAUUGGAGCUCUAGUAAAAACGGAUGAGCAAGAGGUGAUCACAUUUUUGCUGACUACUGAAAUCAUCCCACUAUGCUUACGCAUCAUGGAAAAUGGAUCUGAGCUGUCCAAAACUGUAGCAACAUUCAUUUUACAGAAGAUAUUGUUAGAUGACAGCGGUCUAUGUUACAUUUGUCAGACUUAUGACAGAUUUUCGCAUGUGGCUAUGAUUCUUGGCAAAAUGGUAUUAUCUCUCGCCAAGGAUCCAUCUGCUAGGCUCUUAAAACACGUUGUACGCUGCUACCUUCGCUUGUCAGAUAAUCCUAGGGCUCGUGAAGCACUUCGACAAUGUCUUCCAGACCAGUUGCGAGAUGCGACCUUCACUGCAUGUCUCCAAGAAGAUAAUUCUACAAAGCACUGGUUGGCACAGCUUAUAAAGAAUUUGGAAGCUCAGCCUCCGCCUGCUAGUCCCGCUCAGCCAAAUAUGUACAAAACAAGAUGAAAAACACUAAUUUUGUAUGCCGAUGUAGAGGACUGAAAUAGGAAUAAACUUUUUAUUAUUUGGA